UAAUAUAAUAAUUUUUAAAAAUGAUGCCAAUUUUCAAUUAUUUGGUACGAUUUGGUUUGUUGUUAUUACGAGUUAUAAUUGUACCAGUAACUCGAUUAGCCCAAAUUGGCCAGUAUAAACUUUUGCCACCAAUUGGUAAUACACUUGUGUUGAAUAGUGGUAAAAAAUUAGUGCAAAUGAUUAAAAAUAAAGAGGUUUCUAGUGAAGAAGUUGUACGAGCAUUUAUCGACCGAUGUAAACAAGUAAAUCCAAUUUUAAAUGCAAUUGUUCAAGACCGUUUCGAUGCUGCAAUAAAAGAUGCUCAACUCGUGGAUAGAUUAAUUUCAAAAGGCGAUGAUGUAUCAAAAUAUCCAUUGUUGGGUUUACCAAUUACAGUUAAAGAAAGUAUUGCUGUAGAAGGCUUAAGCAACAAUGCUGGCGUAGUAUGUCCUGAAGGUCAGCAUAUUGCAACGUCAGACGCUUUUAGUGUAGAAUGUGUAAAAAAAGCUGGUGCAAUUCCAAUAUUAGUUAGCAACACGCCUGAAUUAUGUAUGAAUUGGGAAACAUAUAAUAAAGUAUCGGGAACAACUCGAAAUCCUUAUGAUACACGCCGUACUCCAGCUGGAUCAUCAGGAGGCGAAGCGGCAUUGAUUUCAUCUGGAGGAUCAAUUAUGGGAAUUGCUUCUGAUAUUGGUGGAUCAUUACGUUUACCAGCAAUGUUUACUGGAAUUUUCGGCCAUAAACCAUCACCUGGUGUCGUUUCACCUGCUGGCCAUGUUCCAGAUUGUAUAAGCAAAGAUUGGUAUAAAUUUUUUACAAUUGGUCCAAUGGUUCGGUAUGCAGAGGAUUUACCAAUUCUUUUAAAAGCAAUUUCGUAUCCUGAUGGUCCUAAUUUGAUGUUAGAUCAAAGUGUGGACAUAAACAAAUUGAAUAUAUUCUAUAUGGAAAACGAUGGUGGAUCCAUUAUUGUGGAUGAUAUUAGCGAAUGUGUUUCAACUGCGAUGAAAAAAGCAAUCACUGGCUUAGAAAAUAAAUUUAAAAUUGAAAUAAAAAAAGUUUCAAUUGAUAAAAUGAAAUACGCAUUUAAUUUUGCUGUAAGUAUAUUAUUAGGCAUAGAUGGAGUUGAAAAUAUAUAUACAGACAAAGGCAAUCCAGAAAAAAUGAAAAAUGUCUAUACAAAAUUUAUGAAAGCAAUGUUUUGUUCAUCAAAUGUUACGAUUGGUCCAACACUUUAUGGUCCAAUUAAACGAAUUUUAGGUGAUGUAUCAGAUGAUAAAAAACGAAAAAUUAUGCAAUGUAACAAAGAAUUACAAGAUGAAUUUCAGAAUUUAUUAGGUAGUAACGGCGUGUUUUUAUAUCCCACAUUCCCAAAUGUAGCACAUUUCCAUAAAGAAGGUUUAGGAAAUUUUACGAAUGCUCUUUAUAUGUGUAUUUUUAAUACGCUUGGUUUACCAGUCACAAAUUGCCCACUCGGAUUAAAUUCAGAUGGAUUACCAGUUGGAAUACAGAUUGUUGCGAAUCCGUUACAAGAUAGAUUAACGAUAGCUGUAGCCAAAGAAUUAGAGGAAAUUAUGGGUGGUUGGGUUCCUCCCCCAUUCCAAGAAAUAAAAACCGAGGAACAAUUGUUAACAGCACAUUAAUGAAAAAUAAGUUUAAUUAAGCAUAAAAUGCACGAAUAAUAUAAUAUAUUGCCAAUGUUUGGCAAAAUAAUAAAUUAAAUAUUCACAAACUGCAAUUUCUUCACACUAUAAUUAUUUAGUGGCAAUAUGUGUAGUUACAAGAACGAACUACUUGUGAGAGUAGAACCUACUUGUAUAUCAAUGAAGUACCGCGUCGAAUUAAGAUUAAAAACCAUUUCCUCAAACGUUCAAUUUUUAUUGUCAGUAGUAUCCAAAUAUUUUGGUUUUCAUCAAAUGGAUCCAUCAAUAUCUAACAUAUUGACAAUUCAUCAAUAUUUCUAUAUACACAGUCAAUAGUAAAUUGUCUAUUAUUGAUUUUGUGAAGGUGUGGAGGUAGCU